AGUUGCACUGGCACUGGCAGCGGCAAAGUGACGCCUUCCUGAAGACCUCUUCAAGACAAUGGCGCAAGCGUCGGCUGGAACGCUCCGGACCCAACUGCACCUAGCUCGGAUAGAAGCAAAGCUCUCUAGAGAUGAACGUCAUAGUAUCGAUUAUCACCCAAGCAACGCCAUCGGGCCUGCCUCACUGCAACUGAGCAGGUUUCUCUUAAACAAUUGGAAGCGGAGAAACAGCGCAGAAGAGAGUGGUAGAGGUUUUGAGUGCCUACAUGAAAGGAGUCGGCAAUUACACGCUGGCAAGCUUGGGGGAAUGGGUGGCAGGCCCACUAUCGAGGCCGCGGCACAGCGAAGGAGGCAAGGGAAAAGGACAGCUGACAAUGCUGGCACCAUUGCCUCUACCCCCCCAUCUCCUGAACUGCUUCAACCAUCCCCUUCCCCAACCACACCCCCAAACGAGACCCCCUUGGAACCGGAGCCGGAGGCUCCCCCGAUCCCAAGUAGAGAGCAAGUUUUGAAGGCCUGUACAGUCACCAGUCUUGGCAUCGGCGCUGCGGGGCUGGGGCUGCGGACGGCGUUCCAUGUUGCAGCAACAGCGGGGUUGCCUGUGAAUGAUUGUAGCGGACUGCUGCCGGUUGCAUUCGACCUUCAAGACAUUCUGCCAACCGUUGCCAUCAUUGGAGGCGUUUCCGCAGUGCGCUGGUUGCUUCUAGCAACAUGGAAAGAGUUCAGGGAGUCCAGUGAGGCGUCAAACCGACAACUUCUUACCUCGCUAGAGCUGCCGGACGUCUUCUUACUCGGACUACUCCCGGGACUCAGUGAGGAGCUCCUCUUUCGAGGUUUUCUGGUGCCAGCAGUCUCCCCCGACUGGAAAGGCGCGGUUGUUGCCGGGGCCGUCUUCGGCGUUUUGCACAUAAGCGGGGGUCGGAACGUGGCCUUUGGGGCUUGGGCAAGUGCAGUCGGAGUUGUUUACGGCCUCGGGGCACUCAGCACACAGAACCUUGCCGUGCCAGUCGUGGCCCAUAUUUUGAACAACAUCGUAGCUGGCAUUGCUUGGAAGCUACGGCACGCUCGACCUUCGCCUUGAUUGUCACCGAUCAAUCUCGAAAACUUAGUGGAUAAAGCCCAUGUAUAGAUUGUUACCGAAAGGGGGUUACGAUAUCGAACAUUGCGGUCAACCUCUGUCAUCAGUAUUGGGGCUCGGGUGGUUACGGUUGAUCGGAAGUCUGGACUUGCGCGACUGUCAAUAAGCGCAACAAGCGGGUCCGGGUUCAAUUGGCCGUUGAGCCGUAGACCAAUAAACGUAAGUGUGCGCAAUGCACCGUGAGGAUGCUGUCUGCGGCGCUGGCUUGCAGGCAUUUGACUCACUCAGUAUUUCAUGACACAACGAAGUUUUGCGCAAUCGUUCCAAGUAUGACAUCCUCUAGCCCGCUGUACAUAAUGUUGAACAAAGUAUGUAAAACCGAC